CUCUCUUCCAUUCCCCUUUCUUUCCCUCUCUGAGAAAAAAGAGGAAGAAAGAAAAGAGAUUCCUUACAUGUCCCACACCCUUUUCCCUCCAGCUUAUAUUCCCUCCCAAUCUCUCACUACCCUCCAUAAAUUACACCAUAGAUUCUCAUCUCAUCCCUCCCCUUUCUCUUCCCUCUUCUUCUAUCUCUGCCCAAAUGGCUCCAGAGUUGGAGAGGGCCAGAGUUACAGAGAUACAGGUCCGGGUGGACUGCAAUGGCUGCGUUCAGAAGAUCAAGAAGGCUCUUCAUGGCGUCAAUGGGAUUUACGAGCUCUACAUCGACGUCCCUCAGCAGAAGCUGACCAUCGUCGGGUGGGCCGAUCCUCAGAAGAUCGUUAAAGCCAUUAGGAAGACGAGGAAGACGGCCAUCAUAUGCUCCCAUUCAGAACCACCCUCUGAUCCACAGGAACAACCACUGGAUGGCGGCGAAUCACCGCAGCCGCCGGACGAAUCAAACCAAUCAGACCCUCCUCCACCGGAACCAGAAGGCCCGCCCCAACAAACUGAGCCACCGAAGGAACCAUCGCCACCACCGCAGCCACCAGAGAAUCAACAACCGGAGGAGAAACAAUCACCACCACCACCACCAGAGCCAGAGCCAGAGCCAGAGCCAAACUCAUCAAGCCAGCAGCCACCACAGCCGGCGGGUGGGCAGAAAGACGUCGGGGAGGUUCACGUCAUUUACCACCACCCACCGUCGGACUACCACCGCUACCCACCACCACCGCCGGACUACGGCUACAGGUACAAUGGCUACGGUGGUGGCGGAUCACCUUCUAGUUCUGGUUCUACUUCCGGUUAUCAUCACUGGGACAGAUACCCCGACGGUCCGGGGUAUCCACCCGUCGUCACCAGGCCACCACCUCCUCAUCAGCCUCCGCCUCCACCGGUGUACGUUGCUCACCACAACUACAGCACGUACAGGCCGACACCGUACGUGACGGAGUACGAAUACGUCCGAUCGACGCAACCAGCACCACCAUCACCACCACCACAAUCAAGGUACAUGCCUCCACCGCAGCCGCAACCAUCUAGGUACGCAGACUACGGCAGGAUGGACUACUACAACGAGGAGUACCAUGACUAUAAUCAUCGCGGGAAUGGAAACGUCUCGUCCAUGUUCAGCGACGAGAACCCAAAUGCAUGCACAGUAAUGUAAACAACACGAUUAAACCGCCGCCCGCCCGGCAAUCGAGGGAAGGAAGUUCUUAGAUAGCAAGGAGAAAUAAAGAAAGAACGGCAAUAUGAAGAUGUGUACGUUAUUAUUUUUCUGGAAAAGAAUGAGAUUCCAUGCUUGUAAGUGAUGGAGAAAGAACCGAAUCGAUUCUGCGUUCCACUUCCGACUCCAUAGGGCCUAAAAUCCCUGGAAAUGGUUGGAGGGAAGUUUUGUUACUUCUAUUAUAUAAAAUCCUAUACGUUUCUACCAAAAUAAUGGCUUUCCAAACAUGUA